UUUUUUUUUCUUUCUUUCUUUUCUUUUUCUCUUCAGAUUUCAGAUUCAUAUACCCUAAUUCUAAUCCCACGACAUCAUGAUCGUCAAACUCGUCCAACCGUAUAGCUUCCUGGAUGAUUACAGCGAAGGCGCCCAUCCCCGUCUGCUGCAAUCGCUACUCCUCACCAACGCCACCCAACAGACCGGCUACGGCACGGAUGAAUACUGCCACGAAGCCCGGCAAUUAAUUUACUCCCAAAUACAUGCCUCCGACGAUGAAGUCGCCAUUCACUUUGUGCCCAGCGGAACCGCCGCUAAUCUCAUUUCCAUCGCCAGUUGUAUCCGUCCCUAUGAGGCCGUCCUGGCCGUCCAAACCGGACAUAUCCUCGACAAAGAAGCUGGCGCUAUUGAGGCCACCGGACACAAGAUUAUCCCUGUCCCUGGGGUUCGGGGCAAAAUGACCCCUGAGAAUCUGGAGACCGUCUUGGAUCGGAAUACGUUCUUCCCGCACAUGGCGAAGCCCCGGCUGGUGUAUAUCUCUAAUGCGACGGAGUUGGGAACGAUCUACACGCGGAGUGAGCUUCGACGGCUGUCCGAGACGUGUCGACGGCGGAAUUUACUGCUUCUGGUGGAUGGAGCCCGCAUGGGAGUGGCGCUGAGCGCGGAGAAGAAUGACCUGACCCUGCGGGAUCUGGUCGAUUACACGGAUAUUUUCUGGAUUGGAGGAACCAAGAUGGGCGCCUUGCUGGGAGAGGCGAUUGUGGUGAAGAAGCAUCUGGCCGAGGGCUUCGAGUUCCAUAUCAAGCAGCGCGGGGCGUUGCUGGGGAAGUCGAGAGUCAUGGGUGUCCAGUUCGCCGAGCUGUUCCGCGACGGGCUGUAUUUUGAGCUGGCUCGACAUGCCAAUGCCAUGGCCCGGCGUAUUUCUGAGCAGUUUGAGCGCAUUGGAUGGGAGUUGGCGGCGGAGACUGAGACGAACCAGGUGUUUGUGUUGGUGCCCAAUGCCUUGGUGCGACGGCUGGCGGAACGGAUUCGCUUCUACGAGUGGGACAAACGGGAGACUGGCACGGUGAUCCGCAUUGUGACCUCGUGGGCGACGGAAGAGACGCCGGUCAAAUGCAUCCACGAUGGCCAGCCCCCUUGUCGGCGCUGUCACCGCCUCAACCGCGAUGGCUGCAUCCUGACCGACCCUCGCUCGCCCGUUGCGCGGAGUGUCCGAACCCCUCGCAGAGGCUCACUGGAUAACCUCCGCCCCCGACGAACCACCACCACCGCCACGCCCUCGCCCACGCACCCCAUCACCGCAUUGUCCGCCGCCACCCUCAUCGCCGCCUGCGACAUCUACCGCAAGAAAUUCCCCGUGGUCAACUUCCUCCACUAUCCCUCGCUGAUCGCCGAUCUCUCCCACCAUGCCUCCGCCGUUGAGCCCGUCUUCCUGGCCGCGUUGCUCUCCCUCUGUGCCCGCUUCAUGACCGACCCUUCCCUGGCCCCCUCCGAGACGUACGCCGAGUAUGCGCGCACUCAACUCGCCCAUCGCGCCUUCGAGGCCCCUUCCCUCUACCUGGCCCAAUCCCUGGUCAUGAUCUCCCUCUAUGAAUGGGGAUCUGGCCGGCCCUACCGCGCCUGGAUGUACAGCGGCAUGGCAACUUACAUGAUUCAAUCCCUGCUCAAAACCGCCGACGACACCAUGGAACAACAGCCCCCGCAGGACCCCCUCCACCGCAUCACCUACGAGCAACUCGUCCGCACCUACUGGUGCUGCUUCGCGCAAGACUGCGAGCUCAGCUCGGGCGCCCGCCAACAUUUUGCCCUCUCGUUUCGUCAGAUCUCCGUGCCGCUGCCGAUCAGUGAUUCGGAUUUUACCUUCGGGAAAGCGACCCCGCGGUUGAUGCCGGCGGAUAUGAACCGGGGGUCUCCGCUUGCGAUGAAUCUGUCCAUCGAUCGGGGAUUAACGAUCGUGACACGGGGAUUCGAUAUCUUUGUUCGGAUUCUCCGAUUCGCGAAUGAAAGUCGUCGUGGGCGUGCACAAGGGUCCGCAUAUUCAUCUCUUCGAACCUGGGAGACUCUCAAAGCGGAGGUCGAUGAGUGGAGGGAUCUUCAGGAUGCGACGGUGCGGUAUCCCGAGACGAGUGCUCAAGCUCAUGUAGCACUCGGGUCGGGUGAAUUGUUUGCCUAUAUCAAUUUGGUGUAUUUCAUGAGUAUCCUCUUCCUCUACCGCGACCGCUUCCUCUCCACCCCCAAACCACCCUACCCCCACCAUCCCCACGACCAUGACGACGACGACGCAAUCGACCACCUCUUCACCACAGCCCACCACAUCGGCUCCAUCCUCUCCGCCCUCGAAGCCUCUUCCACCCCCGUCAUCACUCCCUACGCGGGCUUCAGCGUCUUCGUCGCCGCUCACAUCAACAUGUACGGCACGGUCUGUCCGGCGAGAUACCCGGGGGGAAUCCUCCGCGCGGAACAGGAGAAGAAGAUGAAUUUUGAGUAUUUGGAGAGACUUUGUGGGUUUUGGGAUGUGGGGGAUAGUUGGUGGCGCACCCUCCAAGAAGCAAACCGCUUUUAUGACUCCGCGCGCACCACCACCACCACCACCACCACCACCACCACCACCGUCCCCACGUACCUCGCUGAUGAUCGGGAUCAUCUCACGCUUGCCGGGACAUUGGAUGAGUAUGGUGAUAUACGGGUGUCUAGACCCGAGACUUCCUCUGCAUCUAAUUCUGCUGGUACAAGACGACGAAUCGGAAUCUCUGUGGACGGAGGAGUCCGACGCAUGUCAGUCGCGGAGUUGACGGAGCAGGGUGGUAGUGGUAGCGGAGAAGGACAUGAUCUCGAGGCGGAGAUGUUGCAGUGGCCGUUUAUUGAUGAGAAUUGGUCGGUUGGGUUUGAUACCGGGUUUGAAGCGGUGUGGCCGGGGUUGGGGUGAAUUUUUUAGGGGGUGGGGGUGAUGAUGAUAUGAGUUAUGAAUUUUGUAGUAUUUACUGGCCGUAGAGUAUUUGCUCUGUUGGGGUCUGAUACUUAAUGGCGUGGAUAUGGUGGCUCUGGGCAUGGAGGGAUCGGAUGAGGUGGUGAUGUAUUAUCUGGCGAUUGUAAUAUCAUCUGGGGCUUUUGAGCUUGACGUCUGGUCUAGUAUUGAGCUGGUACCAAUACAACAUAUAAAGUUCCUGAUGAAGUUUAU